UUUUUAGGAAACUUUAAAAAAAAUUAUUUAUUCUCAGAGAAAUAUGAUAUUGCAACUGUGAGAUCAGAAUAAGAUGCUAUAAAAAUGAACAUUCAGGGAACAAAAUAAGGUCUCAGAGAUUUAAAAUAUAACAGGAAUGAAAAUUAAACAGGAAGACUGGAAGUUAAAGAUAUCCUCCCAAACUGCAGCAAACAAAGAAAGAAAACAGGAGGAAAAAAAAAAAAACAGAAGAGAAAAAUACCUUAAAAAUUAUUUCAAGAGCUCUUUCCUUUCAGCAGGCCACAGACAAUCCUCCCUGCCUGGUGUUACUGGUAUUGUAAGAACAAGUCAUACCCAAAUCUCCCUUCUGCUUCUGCCAAAGUGUCCCUGAUGCUAAGAUUAGUAUCACUGACCUGGGGCAGAAGAAGGCAAAAAUGGAUGAGUUCCUACUCUGUGACCACAUGGUAUUGGAUGCAUAUCAGCCGUUCUCCUCUAAAGCCCUGGAGGCUGCCCAUAUUUGUGCCAACAAGUACAUGGUGAAAAGCUGUGGCAAAGGUGGUUUUCACAUCCGAGUGCAGCUCCACCCCUUCUAUGUCACCUGCAUCAACAAGAUGUUGUCCUGUGAGAGUGAUAGACUCCAGACAGGUAUGCAUGCCUUUGGAGAGCCCCAGGGCACGGUGUCCAGGAUCCACACUGGCCAAGUCACGAUGUCCAUCCUCACCACGCUGCAGAACAGAAAGCCUGUGACUGAAGUGCUCUGCAGAGCCAAGGGAAAGUUUCCUGGACACCUGAAGAUCCAUAUCUCCAAGAAGCGGGGAUUUACUAAGUUUAAAGCAGAUGAUUUUGAAAACACGGUGGCAGAAAAGCAGUUCAUCCCAGAUGGGUGUGGGGCCAAAUAUAUCCCCAGUCGUGGCCCUCAGAACAAAUGGUGGCCCUUGUGUUCAUGAGAGUCAUGGCACUGUCCCCUGCUUACGCCCACCAAUAAAUCCUACUUUCCAAUCAAAAAAAAAAUUACUUCAAGAGCAUUUCCCAGAAUUGAUGGACAUGAGUUUCCAAACUGAAUAGGCCAAAGAGCAUAUAAAAAUGUCCCCUGACCAAAGCACAGCAUCAUGGAAUUUGAGAACACUACUGACAAAGAGAAGAUAUUGCAAACUUCUAGAAAGAAAACUGAAUCACGUGAAAGGACCAGGACUCAAAACAGCAUUGGUUGUUUAAGAGAACUGUCAUAGAAUAUGAGGGAACUUUGCCUUCAAAUUUCUAAGGGAAGAUUUUUUCCAACCUAAAAUUCCAUACCCUGCUAAACUAUUAAGUGUAAAACACAAACAUGCCAAGACAUGCAAAUUCUCCCCAAAUUACAACUUCCAUUGACCGUGUCUCACAGUGGGAGGGUGGAGAGUGUGUUCCCUCUGCAAACACAAGACAAAGACAUCAGAAAAGCAACAGAAGAGAGAGAUUAUGAUCAGUGCCUGAAAUAGAGAGCCAGUAGGUCCUCCUGAAGAAGUGAAAGGGCUCUGGGAGCAAUUUCUUCAAGAAGAUGAAAUGCACAGAAUGCCUAAAACUUGGACUUAUUGAGAUGAGAUCUAUACUACCAGGCAAGAUUUGGGGACUGAAUCACUAACAUGGAUAAGGAAAACAAAGCAAAGGGCAGCUCACUCCAUAGAGAACAAAUGUUGAAAUAAUAUUAAUAAUAUACUACGUGGUUUAGCUAUAAAUAACAAUUAGUCAUAAAAAUGAAGACAUUGAUGAGA